AUGAGUGGACGAGGUAAAGGAGGCAAAGCCAAGAGCGGUAAAUCGAAGACCAGAUCGUCUCGUGCAGGUCUUCAAUUUCCAGUAGGUCGUAUUCAUCGUUUGUUGAGGAAAGGAAAUUAUGCUGAACGUGUCGGUGGUGGUGCGCCCGUCUACUUGGCAGUUGUUAUGGAAUAUUUAGCUGCUGAAGUUUUAGAGUUGGCUGGUAACGCUGCCCGCGACAACAAGAAGACUCGUAUCAUUCCCCGUCAUUUGCAGUUAGCCAUCAGAAACGAUGAGGAACUGAACAAGCUGUUGAACGGGGUUACCAUUGCCCAAGGUGGUGUAUUGCCUAAUAUACAAGCCGUGCUCCUACCCAAAAAGACCGAAAAGAAACCGUAA